AUGCCCGCUACCACCGCUGCUGCUACCCCCUCCAUCCCCGACCCCGCAUCCCUCAAGGCUGCCGUUGCCCCCGCCGCCGGCCAGUUUGACGUCUCGGGACUUUUCGUCGCCGACAAGGCGGCUCGCGCGUCCUCCGCGGCCGCGUUUGUCGCGCUCGUCCAAAAGGAUGGCCCUUCCGCUGUCAAGUCCGUCGGCUUCACCGAUGCGAUUGUCAAGGCCCUCGCCGACAAAAAGUCCCCCUCGGCGCGCGAGGGUGCUGCUACCGCUGUUGCCGCGGUCGCUGCCUCCCCCGCCAUUCGUGCGCUCGAGCCGUACUUCAUCGACUCAGGCCUUUACGCCGCCCUCCUCGAGGCGUUUGCCGACAAGAUGCCCGCUGUGCGCAACGCCGCGAUCGAUGCCCUCAAGACCUACGUCGCAGCCAUGAGCCCUUGGGCGGCGGGUCUCGUUCUUCCCGCCCUCCUUCACGAGAUCAAGACCGCCGGCAAAUGGCAGCUGAAGACCGGCUCCAUUGUCGUCCUCAACCAGCUCGUCGCCUCCGCUUCCACGCAGGUCGCGAAGCUCACCCCCGAGAUCGUCCCUGUCCUGGCUGAGGCGAUCUGGGACACCAAGGCGGAAGUGAAGAAGGCUGCGCGCGAUUCGCUCGAAAAGGUCACCGCCCUGGUUUCGAACAAGGACAUUGAACGCUUUAUUCCUGCUCUCAUCAAGGCUCUAAUUAAUCCCGUCGAGGAGGUCCCUAAUACUAUCUCCCUCCUGUCGGCUACCACUUUCGUUUCCGAGGUCGACUCCCCCACCCUCUCCCUCAUGGUCCCUCUCUUGUCGCGUGGUCUUACUGAGAAGCUCACCGCUACCAAGCGCAAGGUCGCUGUCAUCAUCGACAACAUGGCCAAGCUCGUUGAUUCCGCCGUCACCGUCCGCCCCUUCAUUCCCAAGCUACUCCCUGGUCUCAUCAAGGUUGAGUCGGCCAUGGGUGACCCCGAGGCCCGCAGCGUCGUCGCUCGCGCGAUUGCCACCCUCCGUCAAGUUGGCGAGGUCCCUACCGGCGACGGCUCCGACCUCCCGCCGAUCAAGCUCGCCGACGAGAAGCAGCUCGCCCACUCGCUUAUCGGGAUCUACAAGAAGGCCGGCGCUUCCCCGGUGCCUUCCGUCGCGGAUGUCUCGACCAUGUACGUCUCGCAGCUCGCGGUCAACCUCGUCAACAACAAGAACUUCGACGUGUCAGAGUGGCAGUCUCUUACGCCAUUCCUCGCGUUCCUCACUUCCUCCCCUGAGCCCGUCCCCAUCGUCAACGAGUGGGUUGUCAAGUCGGCGUCUGCUGGCGAGGACGAGGACGAAGCCGCUGAUGACGAGGAGGAGGGCGAGGACCUGUGCAACUGCCAGUUCUCUCUCGCCUACGGUGCCAAGAUCCUCCUCAACACCGCGAGUCUCCGUCUCAAGCGCGGUCACCGCUAUGGUCUCUGCGGUCGUAACGGUACCGGCAAGUCGACGCUCAUGCGCGCCAUCACCAACGGCCAAGUUGAGGGCUUCCCGUCACCCGACGAGGUCCGCACGUUCUACGUCGAGCACGACAUCGAUGGCUCGGAGGAAGACACUUCUGUUCUCGACUUCAUCGUGUCCGACAAGCGCGUCCAGGGUAACAAGGAGGAGAUCAUCGAGACCCUUGCCUCCAUGAAGCUUGCGCUCGCUCGUGCGAUGCUCUUCCGCGCCGACAUCCUGCUCCUCGAUGAGCCUACCAACCACUUGGAUGUCGUCAACGUCGCGUGGCUCGAGACCUACCUGACGAGCCUCACGACCUGCACUUCCAUCAUCGUCUCGCACGACUCUGGCUUCCUCAACAACGUCAUCACCGACGUCCUUCACCUCAACCGCUUCAAGCUCAAGCGCUACCGCGGUAACCUGGAGGCGUUCAUGAAGGCCGUCCCGGAGGCGCGUUCGUACUACACGCUUGAGGCGCAGGAGGACUACCAAUUCAAGCUCCCUGACCCUCCCCUCCUCGAGGGUGUCAAGACGAAGGAGAAGUCUCUCCUCAAGAUGCGCAAGGUCGGCUAUCAAUACCCCACAUCUCCUGUCCAGCAGCUCUACGACAUCACCCUCCAAGUAUCUCUGUCCUCUCGUGUCGCCGUCCUCGGUCCCAACGGAUCCGGCAAGUCGACGCUCGUCAAGCUCCUCAUUGGUGACAACGAGCCGAACCGUGGCGGUGAGGUCUGGAAGCACCCCAAUCUGGUCAUCGGUUACGUCGCCCAGCACGCGUUCCACCACAUCGACCACACCUCGACAAGACGCCGCUCGACUACAUGCUGUGGCGUUACCAGACGGAUCACGGACGAGGAGCAGCAGAAGAUGAAGGAGGGUUCAACCGUCAUCAUCGAGGGCCAGAAGCGUCUCAUUGACGAGAUCCUCGCUCGCAAGAAGCUCAAGCAGUCGUACGAGUACGAGAUCUCCUUCAAGGGCAUGUCUUCGUCGGAGAACAUCUGGAUGCCCCGCGACGAGCUCAUCAAGCGCGGUUUCGAGAAGAAAGUCCUCGAGGUUGACACCCGUGAGGCUCAGCGCCUCGGUCUCCUCCGUCCUCUCGUUCGUCGUGAGAUCGAGAAGCACUUCGCGGACUUCGGUCUCGAGGCUGAGUUCGUGUCGCACAACACCAUGCGUGGUCUCUCCGGUGGUCAGAAAGUCAAGCCGACGAACUACCUCGACCGUGAGUCGCUCGCUGCACUCAUCAAGGCGCUCAAGGAGUUCGAGGGUGGUGUGCUCGUCAUCACGCACAACCGCGACUUCUCCGAGUCCCUCUGCACUGAGGUCUGGGCCAUGCGCGAUGGUCGUCUCGAGGCUUCAGGCCACAACUGGGUGGAAGGUCAGGGCGCUGGCCCCCGCAUCGACAAGAAGGACGGAGAGGAGGAUGUCCAGUACGAUGCUAUGGGUAACAAGAUCGAGUCCAAGAAGCAGAAGAAGUUGACGUCGUCGGAGGCCCGGAAGCUCAAGAAGGAGCGCAUGGCACGGAAGAAGCGCGGCGAGGACGUCACUGACGACGAGCUCUGA